AGACGUACGCGUUCCUUCCCCGCGAGGCGGUGACUCGGUUCCUGAUGUCGUGCCGGGAGUGCCAGAAGCGGAUGCAUCUCACCAGCACCGCCCAGGACGAUCACGUGACCUCCAAGUCUGCCCAGAUCGACUUCAACCUGCCAAUCAUGGACCAGGUGCUUCACGGGAAGGGUGAGCGGGGUCAGGAGCAGGACGCAGCGUCGGUCUCCAGCGCAGACACAGACAACAGCGACAGCAAUGCCGGCUCCGGGGACAUGGACGUCUCGUCUCCGCACGAACAGGACGCAGACAAGGCGGCACAGCAGUCAAACGGAGUCACCAGCAAGGAAGGCAAGUCAGAAAACGGAACAGAAGAUUCUGCAUCAGAUGACAGCAGUGCAGCGCCUACUAGUCCCACACCUCCCUCCAACAAGCCAAUAGGAAAGAGUCUAACAGAAACAGCUGCCGGCAAGCAGCCAAUAGGAAGCCAGGACAGCAAGAAUGACGACAGCAUGGAGCCAAUCAACUUGAGCGACAAGUCGCCAAAGUCAGCCGAGUCGCGGAGUUCCCCGUCGGAGGGUCUGACAGGUCGGAGGUUGGAGGUGGAAGGUCAGAAGGGUCAUCGACCUGACAUCAGUGCCCACGGUCACACCUACUCUCUCUUCGCUUGCCUGAAAGCCGCUGACCAGGAACCAAAAAGAAACGCUUCCCAUGCCUAUGACCGAACUCACUACCCUGAAUUGACCGCACAGUUAGAGGCGCCCAUCGUGCCGGAGGACCUGUCCGUCAGCCGACCAGAGUCGCGUGACGACGACGAUGAUGAUGACAAUGACGACAACGACAAGAUAAACGACCAGGACGUGGACCCAGAGAGACUGAAGGCCUUCAACAUGUUUGUCCGUCUCUUUGUGGAUGAGAAUCUGGACCGGAUGGUGCCCAUCUCUAAGCAGCCCAAGGAGAAGAUCCAGGCCAUCAUCGAGUCGUGCAACCGGCAGUUUCCCGAGUUCAACGAGCGGGCCCGCAAGCGAAUCCGAACGUACCUUAAGUCCUGCAGAAGAAUGAAGCGCAACAAGGACUCCAAUGGGGUGGAAACUUUGAGACCCACCCCACCUCACCUCACAUCCGCCAUGGCUGAAAGCAUCCUGGCAGCAGCCUGCGAGAGCGAAGCCAAGAGACAGCAGGACCAACUCAAGGCCUUACACCAAGACGAGCCUCAAACAAAACGCAUGAAAACAGACCAUCAUCGGGAUGAGCCACCAGUCCUAGACUGCCACUCAGAACUUCUGCCUUACAACUCCACCUCCUACCCAAAUGGAACGUCCCGCCUUGGUCUUCACAGUUAUCCAAACUCACAGAGCUACCAUCAGUCGUCAGUCACAAAUGGUCCCACUGAUCUCAGUUUAAAGAAGAGUCCAUCCAAGAGCACCUUGAACCCCAACGAGGUCGCCGCCAUCAAACAGCUGAUCGCCGGGUACCGGGAGUCGGCCGCGUUCCUCUACCGUUCCGCGGACGAACUGGAGCAGCUCCUCCUACAGCAGAGCUAGAUGGCGCCUGCAAAACCGGUGCGGUUGGGCCGUCCUGUGUGCAAUGUGGCAGUGCCUGUCUGGAAAUGAACAGACAAGGAGAUUGCGGUUAAUUGAGUGUGUAGGGUGUCCGUCGUGCAAUCACUUAGAUCCUGUUUCUUACGACAGGGAGAGAAAGAUGUUGACAUUGUUUAAUACAUUGGUGUUUUCACCAAGUUAGAGACAUGUGUCUUGGGCAGGGUGUGACAGGAAAAGAAUGGCUAAAACCAUGUGUGUGAGAGUGUGUGGCAAAAUUAUGCCCAACAUUAAUACAAAGGUGCCACCAACUAUGGCCUCGGAACAAGAUUGCAUUACUGAUUAUAACAGUGAUUCCGUGGAAUCUGAGAGAACGCGCAUCACCAGUUUUGUGACUUUGACUUUGGAAUGUCUACCGAUGUAGGGCUUGGAUAGCACUUUUUUCCACUGCUAUCUCUUGUACAAGUCUUCAUGAAAAGGUCUAACGAUUGUGCCUCCACAAAUUGAAAGAGAAACUUAAUGUUCUAAUAGAUCUGAGCACCUUCAAUGGUAUUAAAGGUGUAUUAUAUGUUGAAGACAUAUUAUAUAGAAGAGAAAUACAGAUAUGUCUAUUAGUACUUAUGGAGAGGAAACUUUAUGGCACCUCCUAUUUGCAGAAUCUUCCUACUUUACAUCGUAGCCGCAAAGUUCACCCGCAUUGUUGGUUUGAAAUUGGUAAUAACACUACCAAGGUAUGGGGAAAUUUAGAUAUUGAUCUAGUAUUGUAGGCAAAGCAUUGAGAGUUUUUUUUAUUACUAGAGAAGAUACUGGUGAGAUAUGAAGGUAUACUGUUGAUACCAGUAUCAGAGAAAAGUAUGGUGGUUUGCAGAUGGUUUUGUAGAUAUGGUCUGAGGUCAUAAAUUUAUUGAUAUAUAUAUAUAUAUAGAUGAAGCUGCACUUGGCCAAAAUGUCUAGUGAAAUGGACGGUUUUGUAGAUAUCCAAAGAUUGUGUUCAGGAGAAGUGUAUUCUAUUUUACAUGAAAAAUGCUGCCUCUACAUUAUGACAUAUGUGAGAUGAAGUCUCAUAUGACUCAAAGACACCUUAUUUAUUUAUUUGCUCAUUUAUUUAUUUCUUGUUGAGUGCAAAAGUGAUAUAUAUAUAUGAACGUAAAAUGUUUGUUGAGAGUUUAAGUAUAUUGUUGAGUUAUAAAAUGUCAUUCCAGAUUUGAGACUUAAAGUCAGUAUUGUGAGUAACGUUUUGUACAGCAAAAUGUUGUAUAAGUUUAGAGUUCAGUGUAUAGAUACUAGUUUAAAAAUGCCAUUCCAUCUGAGAGAAGGAUAUUGCCAGAUGACACAAGCACUAGUACAAUGUAGUUCCGGUUGGAACUGUAACAGUUCUUUACACUUUGUUCAUCCAACUAUACACACCUGCCCUUCUUUUCCACAAUCUUGAAACAAUGUAAACCAGAAGGAAUAGCCUCAGUCAUCCAUGGCACUAUCUAUAACAUUUUUGGUUAAACCAAACCAGUUCCAACAGUAAGAUAUUUCAUUUAGGGAUCAAGCAUGGCGUGGUGUAGUUAAAAAUGUUUGGAUUUUCUGUACCAUUCCUGCCUCAGUUCACUUUAGACUACUGUUCAAGUAUCUAAAGAGAAAACACGGAUGAAUCUACUGUACCUGCUCGUAUCAAAAACUUAAAGCUUGACCUCACGAGUACCUCAUUUUGAUUGAUCUUGACCUUCCAGAAGCAAGCUACAGUAAUUGUUAAGGGACCAAAUUUGACAUGACCUGGCCUUCAUCAACUUUCUUGAAGUUCUCCUGAUCAACCUUUGAAGCUUUGUGACAUGUGGUCCUGAUUCAAGCCAAAUGUCAGCUCCCACAACCAGAGCAUUUUCUGUUUGUUUUCCAUUGAUAUUCAAAUAAUAAAGCAUUGUCAAAAUUGUAUCUUCUGCAAAACAAAGUUCUAAAAAUUGCCCAACAGUCAUUACUAUCUGUUCAUAAUACAGUCUGUCUGUUCCUGUUAUGGAAUAGGAGUUCUAUACACCAACUGUACAUACACAUGUCUAAUGGAAGGCUUUCUAGCACUAUGGACAGGUAACAUUACCAUAUGGAAUGCACUACAUGUACUUCUUGUGAGGACUGCAUUGCCAAACGCACAGGGAACAAAGUCACAUACUUAGCAUGAAUGAAUAGAACUGUGGAUUCCUAAAAUGCAGUGGGCCAAAUUAUGGUUGACCUGUCAAGUUUGCAAGGUGGUGUUUUGGUUGUUCAAUUGCGCAUUUGAAAAUCAAGUGAUUCACUACAUUUGCUCCCUAUGUUGCCUGUGUUUUCAUGCAUAUUGGUGAGAAGCAAUGCUAGAACUGGUCAAAAGCAGCAUUUUAGAAUAGGUAACAGACUGUUUACUUGGUAAAAAGUUUUUUCAUUCAAUGACUAGUACAAAAAGUGAUACAACUGUAAUUACAUCCACUGUAUGUUCAUACCAUGAUAGCUCUACACUGACAUCUCAACAGAGAAUUUUGUUUAUGACUCUGAACUGAUGUUUGUUUAGCAGUUUCUAGUGUUGGUUCUAGCCAAAUGAUAUCUAAGCAUUUGGAUUGCAUCACAUUGUAGGUAAAACAUACUGACACACAGUUGAUACUUACAUAUAUUAACUGUAAUCUUUCUUAUUGGACUGAUUGGACUACACUUUGAUUUGAUUGAUUGAAUCCUGUAUUUAACCUGGAAAAAUUGUACUUAAUCAAUAGGGAUUAUUUCUGACCAAAUAUUCUUUAUGUGCAAGAACUUGUGAAAGAUUUCUUCCAUACAUAUCAUAGACUUGACUAUUGUUUGAGACAAAAUACAGAUAAAAUGCUUUGCUUCUCCUAAAAGUGGGGGCAAGUAUGAUUUGUAUAGUCUAUAGAUACAUGUACUAGUACAUGUAACAUGUAUUGUUGCAGAAGUUUUCAAACAUUGCAAGGAAAGCCUAAUACAUUUGUGUAAGGGUUUGAUUUUGGUACAUUCCAUUCCAACUUUGUUGAAUGAUUGUGUAUUUUACCAUAUGGAUUUUUUUCCUUCAGGUGUCAAAGAAAGCUGCACAAUCAUUACACUGUGGUAUAUUGAAGCUUCAGACUGUAUUCAUAUCAUUUUGAUGUUUUGAAAGAAAGAUGGCAUAUUAAAGAUGAAA